UUAAAGACCAGUCCCUAAAUCUCCUAAAAAAGCUCUCAAACCGCCGUCCAUGGCUGCCAACGGAGGCUCCUCCGCCGCAAAUUCCCACUCUCAGCCCACUUUCCCUCUUCAUCUCUGCUUCUUCUUCCUCAUCCUCCUCAUGUUCUUGUCCUUCUCUUGGUACUCCAAUUACGAGUCGGUUGUCGAAGGCGUCUUUGAUCAACUCAAGCUUCUUCUCAUCGUCUCGCCGCUCCUCCUCCUCCUCCUCGUCCACUGGCUCUCCAACGCCGGAAACUUUCUUUUACCGGAAAAAGACUCGCUCCACCACGCCGGUGGGACGCCAUGGGGCGUCGGGUUCUUGUUGGUUCUUCUCCUUUUCAUGAUCUCGUACCAGUCCUACUUCCAAGAACGGUGGUUUCCUCUAUUGAGCCGGUGAUCGGAUCGACGAAUCGCUGUUGAAUGGUGGCGCGACAGGUUUGAGUGAUUGUGUAUUGGGAAGUUUAAUUUGUCGUCUUGUUGUCGUCUAACAAUACUUUUUCUAAUUAUUAAUGUAAUUAGCUUCUUCUUCUCCUUUUCAUUUUA